GGGCGGGGCCGGCGGCGGGCGGGGCGCGGGGGCCGCCAGAGAGUCCAGCGCGGCGGCGGGAGCGGAGCGCGCAGCCUCGGGACCCAGGCCCGGCAGCCAUGGCGGUGGAAGGGGGCAUGCGAUGUGUCAAGAUCCUGCACUACGUCCUCCUGCUGGCCUUCUUCGCCUGUGCAGUGGGACUGAUGGCUGUGGGCAUAGGGGCCCUGUUCAUCUUCAAUCAGACGGUCAGCCAGGGGACCGCCAGCUCCGUGCUGCCUGUGGUCAUCAUUGCAGUGGGUGCCUUCCUCUUCCUGGUGGCCAUUGUGGGCUGCUGUGGGGCCUGCCAGGAGAGCUACUGUCUUAUGUUGACGUUUGUCAUCUUCCUGUCUCUUAUUGUGCUGGUGGAGGUGGCCACCGCCAUUGCUGGCUAUGUGCUUCGAGACAAGGUGAGGUCAGAAUUUAAUAAGGACUUCCGGCAGCAGAUGAAGAAUUAUCCCAAACAGAACCAGACUGAUCUUUUCCUGGACGAGAUGCAGAAAAAAUUCAAGUGCUGCGGGGCGGCUAACUACACGGAUUGGGAGACGGUCCCUCUUGAGCCCAAGGACCGUGUCCCUGACUCCUGCUGCAUCAACGUCACUGUGGGUUGCGGGGUUAAUUUCAAGGUGAAGGACAUCCAUACUGAGGGCUGUGUGGAGAAGAUUGGGGCCUGGCUGAGGAGCAACGUGCUGGUGGUGGCUGCGGCAGCCCUGGGCAUUGCCUUUGUGGAGGUCCUGGGAAUUGUCUUUGCCUGUUGCCUUGUGAAGAGUAUCCAAAGUGGCUAUGAAGUGAUGUAGGGACUCUGGUCUCUUUAGCCCCUCAUCUAGGAGAGAGGGGUAAUAUGCUCCACAUUUUUCAAUUAAACUGAUUAUUUUUUCAGACCAAAAA